AUGAAUAUGGUUGAGCAGUGGCUUCAAUACGAAUAUGCCCCUCCCACUGUCGACAACAAGGUCUUUAAGCUGCCUCUGGUUCCAGAGCCAUCACGGCCUAAACAGUUCCCCUAUCGUGAAAGGCAGGAUAUCGAGAUCAUCCUUCGUGGUGGAAAACCGGAUCAGUACACUCGACUUUGCAAAGAAAACGCGGACAUAGAAGUCUCCUUCGAUCCAACCGACGGAAAUUUCACCAUAACAGAACGGGUUCAGGAUCCAGAGGAGCCAGACUAUUACCUUGAAGUGGUCGCCCAUCUCAACCGCAGGAACGCAGAGUUAUUGGAUAUCAAAAAGUUCUCCGACACUACCCUCCUCAUAGCAUUCGCAGUUGCGGAUGGGAAGCGUCCAUGGAUGGAAUAUCGUCAAUCUGGAUUUGAAAGCGCACACCUACCAAGUUUGCUUAGACAGACUGUUAAAGCAACGUGGCCAGUCAAUUACAUCAAGGUUCUCCUUCCCCUUGCGAAGCAUCCUCGUAACUGGACUGCGGUUCUCACCCUUAUGACGUUCAAAGGGGUCAACAGCAGGGAACUGAAGGAGGUGGAAGAACUAUACAAGGCAGUGGAACAAUGUCAGAACGAACUCCUCGAUAUUAGCCAGCGACCAGCGCGCGCUGGCUCGCUGAAGGAAUUGCUUGAUGAGGAGGAGAUAAUGCGCAAACACAUCGGAUUUAUGACUCCAAAGACUAGAAUUGCGUGGAUAGAGCAUUAUGAGCGAUUGAUUGACGAUAUCGGUAUUGCUAAGAAACGAACAAUGUGGUUAAAGGAGUCGGAGAGGUUAGCAAAGGAACAGGAAGCCGUCUUCGAGAGAGUGGAGCUGGAUAAUUAG